GAGACGCGCAUCGCCAAAGCCCACGGCGCGGCCCUCAACUGCGUGCUGCCCGUCGAUCAGCACCUCGUGGCCACGGGCGACGACAACGGAGAGCUCAAAGUGUGGGACCUGCGCAAGGGCAGCGCCGUGCUGGAGGCCCGGCAGCACGAGGAGUACAUCAGCGCCAUGGCCGUGGAUGGGGCCGGGAAGAUCCUGCUGACCGCCAGUGGCGACGGCACCAUGGGAGUCUUCAACAUCAAAAGGCGCCGCUUCGAGCUGCUCUCAGAGCCGCAGAGCGGGGAUCUGACAUCGGUUGUGCUGCUGAAGCGAGGGAAGAAAGUGGUGUGUGGCUCCAGCGAAGGAACCAUCUACCUCUUCAACUGGAAUGGUUUCGGGGCCACCAGUGACCGCUUCUCUCUGAGGGCCGAGUCAGUGGACUGCAUGGUCCCCGUCACAGAGAGCAUCGUGUGCACAGGAUCCCUGGAUGGGGUCAUCAGGGCGGUGAACAUUUUGCCCAACCGGGUGCUGGGGUGCGUCGGGCAGCACCUGGGGGAGCCCAUUGAGCAGCUGGCUGUGGCCCCGGGUGGGCAGCUCCUGGCCAGCUGUGCCCACGACCAGAAGGUGAAAUUCUGGGACAUCUCCUCGCUGGGCUCCAUAGUGGUGGAUGAGUACCGCAAGAAGAAAAAGCGGGGGGGGCCACUGAAAGCCCUGAGCAGUAAGGCUGCAGGCAGCGGGGAAGACUUCUUUGCAGACCUGCGAGAGGAGCAGGAAGCCACAGCGGAGGCGACAACAGGGAGCGACAGUGACAGUGACUGAGGGGCUGCGGUCUGCUGGUGGCUGUGGACGUCCUGAGACUGGGAACAGAGCAGGGUGCUGGCGGAGAUGGUGGGGUCAGUGAGAGAAAAUGGGGCAGCUCCCGUCUGCUGUGAGAUGUGAGGUUCCACGGGGUCGGUGAGGACUGUGCCGUGUCUCCUCCAGGCUGCAGCAGAGCCUGCACCGCAUCCUGAGCAGAUACAUCAAGCAUCGAUCAACUGUUAAGCUUAGGCCUCAGAGGUAUUAAAAAUGUUGUGUCUUUUGGUUCCUA